UAUGUCAUCCGUAUUUUGCGGAUCCAUGCUGUAGAAAUGCUAGGCCCAGCCUACUUUGCCCAUUAGCUGAGCACAUGUGCAGGUGCUGAAACCGGCCCCGACUCAUCUGCCUUGGCUGAGAAGACAGAAUGGAUGUUGAGAGGCUGAUUUUACUCAUUGAAGAGCGUCCCCAGCUAUUCCUAUCAUGAGCGGCUUACUAAGGAGCGGGCAUGGGAGGAGGUCACUUGUGAGAUGCUGGCCAGAGAGUGGGAGAGGAAGGGGAAUUCUUCCAAACGGCGGAAAUUAGUGCAACGAGUGAAGACCCGCUGGCAAUCAUGCCAAGACCAGUUUAGGUGGGAACUGGUCAUGUCACAGGGACACAGUGGUGGUGGGGUUAGAGAGAAGCCCUAUCUCUACACGAAACAUCUUCAGUUUUUGCGACCUGUGCUGGGUCUUAGGCCCACCGUUGACAGCCUGGAGGAACAAGGGGGUAAUGCGAGCAGCUCUACCAAGGAAGAGCAAGCUGCUGGUCCCCUGGAAUCCCCUCGUCCUGUGGUGGAAGAUGCAGAAAGUGUGGAGCACCUGGUUCGUUCUGAGAGUCAGGAGGAGUCAUCAGCUUUGGAGGGAGCUGCUGAUAUUCCACCCAGCCCAGAAAGACCCAGGAGACAGCCACGACGGAGAAGGGGGGCUCGAGACAAUCCUUUUUCUGCCUCAAAUACUCAAGCCCUGAUUGAUACUCAGUAUUUGAGCCAGAGAAGGAAUGAAGAGAAGGAGGAGAGAAUGUUAAGUGGGCUAGCUCACCUUAUACAAAAAAUUUUGCUUCAAAAAAGCGCAUUUUUGUGUCCAUUAUGGCUUCCAUUGCCACAAUAAUGGA